AUGGGUCGCAGAGCCAGUCAAUAUGCUGGUUUCGAAAUCGAGACUCCAGUCGAACGCGACGCUCUGGGAGGCUAUCUCAAAAUAGUUUGCUUUGCUUCCCUGCUGGCCAUCAUGCAGAAAACAACGGUCAUAGCUGGACUGGAGGUGUACACCCACACGACAGACGCAUUUGCUGAUAGUACCAAGCCCAUCUAUGCUGUAUUCUUCCUCCACGGGAGAAUGGGGUCUGCUCAAUCAGACUACAUGCAAAAGAUUACAGCAGAAAUCCUCUCUAGCCCUGCUGCACGAUCAGAGAGUAAAGAUCUGAUGAUCGUGACCUUCGAUCACCGAAACCAUGGAACAAGGCUCAAAGACCGGCUUUAUAACCUGAGCUUCGAAGAGAAUCCUAACCAUGCGUUGGACAUGUAUACCAUCCAGCUGGGAACAGCCAAAGAUGUCUCUUUCCUAAUCGAUUUCCUCCCGUCCUAUCUGUUCCCUCUCGGAGAGCGGACGAUAUCUGAUUGGGGGGUCACAGGUAUAAGUCUGGGGGGGCACUCAGCAUAUAUUGCGGGCGCCAGCGACCCUCGUCUGAAGCUGACGAUUCCGAUCAUCGGGUGUCCCGACUACCUCGCGCUCAUGUAUCCUCGAGCCAAGGAAGCAGGGUUGAAUGCAGGACCGCCUUAUCUCCCCGACUCGUUCGUCGAGCAGGUGAAGCGGGACUCACUUCUCAGUUUACCCUACACCAGUGAAGGCCCAGAAAAUCCAUUCUAUGGGAAACACGUUCUCGUUCUCUCCGGAGGUGCAGACCCUCUGGUGCCCUGGACGGCUAGCAAACCAUUCGUGGAAGGACUUCAAGUUGGGCCUGGAUCCAAAGAAUUCAUCGUUUUUGACGGAGUGGGACAUGAUGUUCCGCCGCCCAUGGUUGCCGCUCUGAUCAAGUCCUUGGUUUCCUUCGUUAAUGUGUAA